UGAUUCAUGUUCGUCUGCCUUGGAUUCACCUGAAGGUCAUCGCGAUUUUCGUCCUUUUUUUGUUUCUCCCUAAUAAGGAAUUGACUUUUUCAUGUGACGGAAGCACCGAAGAUUUUGGAGAUCGCUGGAACGCUUAGAAUGACUGCUUAAAAUGUUUCGCACGGCGACGUAUCUGCAUCAAACAGGAAUCCUGAAUCAUAGGCUCGUCAUUCCUGCGCAAUUCGUACGAAAAUUGAAGCCUAAGAGAGUGCUGAGUACUUUAGAAUGCAGUUGCGAUACGACUCAGCCUUCGACUCGUCAAAUCGUCCCACCGGGACCUUGUUUGAUGGACACUGUGCCACUUCCUGAAAUCUCUUGGCAACAGAAGUAUGACGAAGACAACAAGAAGAAUACGAGGCAUUUAAUCAUCGGAGGAGGCUUCUUCUUCCUUACUCUCCUAAUUUUCAGACGCAUGCCGGCGGUCAAAGGAUACGAGAUUUAUAUUUUCUGAUCAAGCCUU